AUGAGCAUCCAGCAAUGGACCACCCUCCUAACGGGCCUGGCGAGCCUGCGCCAAACCACCGCCCCGCAGCCCACACCAGGCCCCAAUGAAGUCCUCGUCGAGAUCCAUGCGGUCUCGCUCAAUUACCGCGACAUUGAGGUCACGAAGGGCGAAUACAACCACCACAAAUCCGUCACGCAGGAGACGCCCGCCACGGUGCCCUGCUCGGACAUGUGCGGCGUCGUGACGCAGGUCGGCCCGUCGGUCUCGCGCUGGCGCGCCGGCGACCGCGUCCUCUCCACCUUCCUGCCGGAUCACCUCACGGGCCAGGUCACGCCGCAGAUGCUCGCCCGGGGCAUGGGCCACCCGCUCCCCGGCGUGCUGGCGACGCACCGCGUCUUCCCGGAGCAGGCGCUCGUCCGGGCGCCCCGGUACAUGCGGGAUGCCGAGGGUGCCACGUUGCCGAUCGCCAGCGUCACGGCGUGGAUGAGCGUGCAGGGUCGCUUGCGGGCGGCGGUGGAGAAGGGAGAGGAUGUGAGCCGGAAGGUCGUGUUGGUGCAGGGCACGGGUGGGGUGGCGGUGGCGGGGUUGCAGAUUGCGAAGGCGUGGGGGGCUAGAGUUAUUGUGACCUCCUCGUCGAAUGCCAAGCUCGAACAGGCGAAAGCCCUCGGAGCCGACUUUACGAUAAAUUACCGGACCACGCCUGACUGGGAGGAUGAGGUUAAUCGCUUCACCGAGGGGAAUGGCGUGGAUAUCAUCCUUGAGACCGGGGGCGCGAAGACGCUGCGGAAGAGCUUCGAGUGUAUUGCCUUUGGCGGGUUGAUCAACUGCAUCGGGUACGUCUCGGGGAAGAUGGAUGAGCCGGAGGAUCGGGUCAACGUCAACCUGUUGACCCUCCGGCGGAAUGUGACGCUGCAGGGGAUUAUCAAUGGGCCCAGGGAUGAGUUUGAGAGGAUGGUCGAGUUCUAUGAGAAGCACCAGAUCCAGCCGGUCGUGAACCGCGUGUUUGGGUUUGCGCAGGCGCGGGAGGCCUUCGAGUUUGUGGAGAGUGGCGCGCACUUUGGGAAGGUGGUGAUUGAUGUUGUUGGGGCAUCUCAAUGA